GCACAAACAAACUGCCUCCUAACUCCGUCUCUCCAGCUCGGAUGAACAACUUCCGGGUCACGAUCCGCAUCCUGGAGCUCGCAUCCUGGCGGCAACCUGAUUACAUACGGGAUUAUUUACGUUAAAUACGCUUUAAAUAUGCAGGGAGGCUUACCCUGAUGAAGCCCUGCGCUUUCCUCUAUCUGUAUUAGCAGCUGUGAUAACGGUUGUGCAUUAUAAAUCAUGCGAGCAGUUUGCAGAGCAUUGUUGGAAAUUGCGUCCGACAGAGUAGCACAAGCGUGUUUAUAGUGAUAGAAGGCGCAACCGUCAAAUUAUUUACAUAGUUAGAUUAAGUAUCUCCAGACAAACCCUCGACUCUGUAUAUUUUUGUUAGUAUAGUAGAACAUAAAUUAUCCUGCUUAAAAAGCAGCGCCAUGAGCCUGUUGAUUCGCAACUUGCAAAGCGCCGUUCCGCUGCGUCGAGCCUGCCUACGCCGGGAUACCGAAGUUCUGCGGCGCAUCCUGGGCAUCCAGCGGUUCGAUCUGGGACUGAUCUGCGUGGACAACCGCAGGAUACUGCGCAUCAACCGCACUUACAAGAACGCCGACAAGCCGACUGACGUCCUGAGCUUUCCUUUCUAUGAGGCGAGUAUCUGUCUGCCGAUGGCUGGUGCACCUCCUUGCCUGUUAGAAUAAUGUCAUGUGAGACCUUAGUUUAUGUCCUUCUACGCGUAGGACCUGCAGGCCGGGAAGUUACCAAGCAACCUUACCAAUGACGAUCUCAAUCUAGGGGACAUAUUCCUGGGGGUGGAGCUUAUUAUGCAGCAGUGCAACGGGUCGCCAGAGGACUUCCAGAGCACCCUAACUAUUGUCACCACGCAUGGAAUCUGUCAUCUGCUCCGGUACAAACAUGACACGGAGGAAGAGUGGAUAAAGGAAGAACACCGCAUCCUGAAGGAGUUUAACAGGCUGACAGGUAGCCAACUGGAGCCUCUUAGCAAGAGCUAUAUUUCAUGAAGGACCAUCAUCUGAGGCCAGACUCAGCUCGGCUGGACGUGCCACUGGGAAAAUGGUGUGCAAAGCAGGUUAAAGGUCUUUAAAACUGAUAUACACUGAAUGCUGCACAGGUUGGGAAUGGGCAGUGGAUAAUCAUUACCAUAAAAAAGCAAAACAAAAUAGACUUUUGUAAUUUGGUGGAUGUCAAUGUUUUAAAUAAAAUAUUUAAUGUGCGCUUUGUAACUGUCACAAAGCUAAACAUCUCAGAAAAAGAAAACGUUUUUCACAUUUUGUAAUAGUUUCAUGUUUUAUAUGAAAGCAGAUAUCUCUCUGCACUAUUGUUAAUGCACACCUUAGUGGUGGAUAAUGACCUGUUGCAACUGUAUUUACAAUAAGUGUUUGAGUCAUGGCAAUCCAACAACGCAUUAACAUUUAGUUUAUUUAGCUGAUGUUUUUGUCCAAAGCAACAUACAAUAAGGCAAAUGGCACAGUUCGAGGAGUCAAUGACAGUGCCUUGCAAAUAUAUCCCCCUUGAUGUUUGUCCUGUUUUGUCACAAUACAAGCUGGAAUUAAAAUGGAUUUUUUUGGGGGGGCGGUUACCACUAUUUGAUUUACACAACGUGCCUACCACUUUAAAGAUGCAAUUAUUUUUAUUGUGACACAAACAAUAAUUAAGAUAUCAGAAAUCUUGUGUGUGCAUACUAUAGGUAUUCACCCCCACUUUGUAGAGCUGCUUUUUGCUGCAAUUACAGCUGCGAGUCACUUGGGAUACAUCUUUAUUAGUUUAGCACAUCUAGCCACUGAGAUUUUUGCCCAUUCCUCAAGGCAAAACUGCUCCAACUCCUUCUAGGUAGAUGGGUUGCGUUGGUGUACAGCAAUCGUCAAGUCAUGCCACAGAUACUCAAUUGGACUGAGGAGCCAUUCUAAGAUAUUUGCGUGUUUCCUUUCAAACCACUCCAGUAAAGCUUUAGCAGUAUGUUUAGGGUCAUUGUCCUGCUAGAAUGCGAACCUUCGUCACAGUCUCAAAUGUCUAGCUGACUCAUGUUUUCCUAAAGAGUUGCCCUGUAUUUAGUGCCACCCAUCUUUCCUUCAAUCCUGACCAGCUUUCCUGUCCCUGCAGAUGAAAAACACCUAUACAGCAUGACGCUGCCACCACCUUGCUUCACUGUGGGAAUGGUGUUCCUAGGGUGAUGGGAAGUGUUGGGUUUGCACCACAUAUUGUGUUUCCCACGAUGACCAAAAAGUUACAUUUUGGUCUCAUGUGACUAGAGAAUAUUCUUCCUUGUGUUUGGGCAGUCUGUCACAUGCUGUUGGGCAAACUCCAAAUGGAUUUUCUUAUUUUUUUCCUUUAAGGGACGGCUUUUUUCUGGCCACUCUUCCUGCUCUGUACAUAAGUCGGAAUCACGACUUAUGAAGUUAUUCGGUAGGACCAGCUCUUAUUUAGAGGUUUCAAAGCAAACGGAGUGAAUACCUAUGCAUACUCAAGAUUUCUGUUUCUUCAUCUUAAUUGUUGUUUGUGUAAUAAUAAAAAAUAUUUUGUACCUUUUAAAGUGGUAGACAUGUGUAAAUCAAAUGGUUCGAACCCCAAUUUUAU